AUGGUUCCUCAAGUUUUCUUCUGUCUUAAUAGCUGCUGGCUUCAAACAAUCAGUGAUGACUCUUCAAGAGUUAUUGAUCUGAAAAUUUUCUUGAAUAAGCAUUUCAAGCUUAAAGACCUUGGAGAUCUGAAGUAUUUUCUUGGUAUUGAAGUAGCCCGUAGUAAAAAAGAACCGAGUGUGAAAUUAUCCUUAGAAGAAGGAAAGUUACUUGAUGACCCUACUUCUUAUAGGAGAUUAAUUGGUAGACUGCUUUACCUGAACAUUACUAGACCAGAUUUGUCCUAUGCAGUAAAUAAAUUAAGUCAAUUUAUUGCUCAUCCUAGGGAACCUCAUAUACAGGCUACAUAUAGAUUGCUUCAAUAUAUUAAAGGGACUGUUGGUCAAGGUUUAUUUUAUGCAGCAAAUAACAGUGUGAAAUUGAAAGCUUUUUCAGAUUCUGAUUGGGCAUCAUGUGUAGAUACAAGAAGGUUAAUUACUGGUUUUUGUGGUUUUGUUGGAGAAUCACUUGUGUCAUGGAAGUCAAAGAAACAGAAUACUGUGUCAAGAUCCUCUGCAGAGGCAGAAUAUAGGGCGAUGGCUAAUGCAGCCAUUCAUAUUGCAGAAAAUUCAGUGUUUCAUGAAAAAACAAAGCAUAUAGAGAUUGAUUGUCAUUUGGGUAGGGAAAAGGUUCUCAAAGGUGAAGUGAAACCAUUGCACAUUGGGUCACAUAAUCAAUUAGCAGACUUGCUGACAAAGCCUCUAUCAGCACACUUUACUCAACCUCUUGUCAAGAUGGGAAUUAUAAAUAUCUACUUCCCACCUUGA